AUGCCUGCACCAGGCCUGGCGCAUGAUGAUGAUGAUGAUUAUGAAAUGUUCAUCAUAAACUUGCUUACGAAUCGCAUCCAUGAGUUAGAGAGUGAACUAGCAGAGUUGAAGUUGGACCCCAGUGGUAUUUCAGGUGUAGAGAAGAGACUGCGAAGGGAGGUGGAGAGAUAUCAGAGGGAACUGGAGGACAAGGAGCAAGAGUUAGAGGAAACAAAACACAGGCUUGAAGAAGUUGCUUCCAAUGAAGAACGUCUGGGAGAGAUUAACUCUGAAUUAAACCACCAGAUGGCGCUGAUGGUACAGGAAUUUGAUGAAGAUAAGAAGACAGCUUUAGAGAAGUGUCAGGAAGCCUGCUUGCAGCAUCAUGAGGUUGCCAAGGCCAAGUUGCGAGAGGAAUUAAUGUGUCAGCAGAAUGAGGACAGAACCAAACUAUUAGAGCAACAUGACAGUGAAAUCAAACAGCUGAAGGCUGAGCUUGUACAGUGUCAGAAAGAGUUGGAUGAAGUGAAAGAACUUUAUGUCAACAUUUGUGAAGAGAAGGAAACUUUGGAGGAGAAAUUACGCCAGGACUGGGAGACUAAACUAGAAGAGGAGAUCAGCAAGGUCAGAUCUGAGUGUGACCAAGAGAAAGAUGAGGCACUUGACAAUCAGCAGAAAGAAUUAACCAGCAAAUCCCAGGAGAAACUGAACAAGGAAAUGUGGAGACAGGAGCAAGAAGAAGAGCUGAAGAGGAGGGUGCAGGCACAGGUCAGAUCUGAGUGUGACCAAGAGAAAGAUGAGGCACUUGACAAGCAGCAGAAAGAAUUAACCAGCAAAUCCCAGGAGAAACUGAACAAGGAAAUGUGGAGACAGGAGCAAGAAGAAGAGCUGAAGAGGAGGGUGCAGGCACAGGUUGCUAUGGCCAAAGUGGCCUGGUUUGAUGAACAGCGUGAGUCCAAGGAGGCUGCUGUAGCAUCUGCCGUGAAACAGGUAGAGAAGCAAUGGCAGCUGAAGUUUGAGGAGAAAAUUGAGAAUGAAGUGGAGAGGAAGAUGUAUGCUGCUAAAUCCAAAUUAGAAAGUGAUAGAAGACUGAGCUUUGAGAACGAGUUGCUGGAGCGCCUGAAGCUGGAGAAGAAGAAAUGGGAAGAGCAGACGGAGGUCCAGAUAUCGUCUGCUGUAGAGAAGGCCAGGCUGAAGUGGGAGCAGCAACACCAGCCUCAGGAUGUAGACAGUCUCAAGGCACAGUGGAUGCAGGGACAACAGGAACUCAUUGAGCAGGAAGUUGCCAAAGCUCUAAAAGAAGCUAAAGACAAUUGGGAACAUGCGCAGAGGUCUGAAAUAGAAACAGCUUUGAUGAAGGCAAAGCUUCAGGCUGAGACGGAACUUCGAGAAGCAGUUGAUAAAGUCAAGGUUACUCACAAACAGGAAGUUGAAAGUCUGAAAUUGGAAUUGGAAAACCUAGAGAAAGAGUCACACUCUGCCAAAUCAUCAUGGUUGGCUGAAAAGCAAAAACUAUUGACCCAGAAAGAGGCUGAGCAGCAGAGGGCGCUGCAUGAGCUGGAGGAGCAGCAGGCAGCACAGAUAAAGGAGAUGCAGGAGGUUCAGCUGGGGAUUUUGCAGUCUAACCUCAGGAAUGCUAAGGAACAAUACGAUAGAGAAAAGACUGCACUCCAAAAGCAAUAUGAGGAGCAAAUAGACCACUUGAAGAAGAGAGUGAAAAGCCUACAGAGUGAGCAUGCCAAAGCUGACAGUGAUGCUCUGCAGGAAUUACAACAACAGUUUUGCAAGGAGAAAGAAGUUUUGGAGAGCACCUGGCAGAAGAGGCUCGAAGAUGCUAACAGAAGUCAUGGGCACCAGAUGGAGACACUGAAGACAAAGCUGCAAGAAGAGACUGAAUCUAUCCUAGCUGAGGCCAGGAAGGAGUGGACACUGCAAUAUGAACAGGAGAUGAAGAAGGCCUGUCAGGAGGUGGCAGAAAACCAAAAGCAAUUGUGGGAAAAUGAGAGAUCAAAACUGAUGCAGAAAAUCAAAGAUUUAGAAGAGCAGUUGCAGACAACUCAUGCCAACUGGGAGAGUGAACUGGAGACACUGAGAGCCGACAUGGAGAGAACCCAGUUCGGGAAGGUACCUUUAGAUGGCUCAGGUUCAAAGUCUUCUCCGGAAAGAAAGUAUGAACAGCAGCUGGCCAGUUUACAAGCCAGGCUGAGUGCCAAGGAAGAGGAACUUCAGCAGUCUGAACAGUUCUACAGUGCAAGACUGCAAAAUGCUCGAGCAGAUCUACAGGAGGAGUGUGACAAGGCCAUAGAAAGACUGGAGCAGGAAAAACACAGGUUGGCCGAGCAGAUUGACGAUUUAAAGAGCAAGCUAGAGAAGCUGGACUCCAGGAAGAGAGAGUUGCAAACGGUACUGCAGCAGUCAGAGGAGGAGCACAGACAGAGUGUGAACAGCUACAAGGAUAAAAACAAUGAGCUGAAUGAAAAGGUCAGACAAUUGGAGGAGCAGUUGAAAAGUGCAAAAAGUCAACAAGAGAAUUCCCUGGACAACCUUCGGCAACAUUUGGAAGAGAAACAUAUGGCUGCUGUAGAGGAUUUCAGGUGGAAGUUAUUUGAAUCAAACAGAGACAAUCAGGCAGCCAUAGAGAGAAUAAACAGAGAACAUGAAAGAGAAAUAAGAGACUUGAAACAGAAAGUGGAGAAUCAAAGGAAAGAAGUUGUGUGCACACCUGUUCAGACUGAUGGAGGUCUUGUGGAUGCCAAGCUGCUGGACCAGCUGAAGGCACAUUACCUGGAAACAGUGACUAAGAUCAGAGAGGAUGUACUGAGGCAUGUGAAUGAGACCAAUUCCCGUGCAGCCAAGCGUGUGAAGGCCGAGGUGGCCAAGGAGAGACAGGCCACUGCAGCCAGGGUGAAGACAUUCUGUAUCAGGGGCCUGGAGAAGCUCCUCAGUAACAUGGACAGUGCCAAAAAGUCGAAGAUCAUAUCAGCCAUGAAAGAGCUCCUACUGCAGUUUUCCCCCAAUCCUACACCUUCUUCUACACCAAAGCCCAAUCCCAGAGAAACUCCCAGUAGAAAUAGUACCGAAUAUCAUGGGGACCCCGUGCAGCCUACUAAGGAACACCCCAGCCUCUCUAGUCAACGCACACAAACUCCAGGCUACAGGAACAAUACUGCACCAGAUGUGCCCAGGUUAAACCCUGAGCAAGAUCAGGUCAGAGGAAAAACUUCACAUUAUGUGGUGGAUCUAAGUGUGAAAGGCACCGUGUCCCCAGGACCCCAUGGACUCACCCAAGAGGAACCAACCACACCAAGUAGAGAAUCGGCCUUCCAUCAGAUAGGGGGUGCUGGGGGUCCUCACACACAGCAGGACAUCUUCAACUCAGAUCAGCAUGGUGCACUAGAGUUCCUGAAUAGAAUGGAAAACCAGUAUCCAUCAGAUCACUCCACUCCUGCCCCAGCCCCUGCUAGGGUAGAUGGUAGGAACAGUAAAGCUGACGACAGGCAAACAAGCACAGGCAACAGGAGGGUUAUCACAGGGAAUCAAAGAAACUCUUCCAGAUACAAUAACUACAGUAGCAAUGGUGAAAUGGAUAUCCAUAUUGGGGAAUCAGAUGGAGGCUUGAGCAAGCUUCCACAGCAACCACGGACUUAUAAUCCUUCUCCGGAGAAAUUAGACUCUGAGCAGGAUUCUAGGUGUAGUUCACCUGCAGAAAACUUCAUAACUGUUCGAUCUGGCAGAGGGUUUCAAAGGGCUUCCUGUUUAGAGAAUGGGUAUUCCAAUGGUGAUAACCAGAAACCAAAACCCUCCCAAUUACAGCCAGUUAGAGACAUCCCAGAGGGGCGUUCUGCAGGAAGUGCUAUGCUUAAACCAAUUGCCAUGGUGACCAGACAUACACAGAUGCCAUCUCCUGCACCCAAAAAAUUAUCUCUAAAAUCAUGAAAAAAAAAUUGAGUUUGAUAGUUCAAUAUCUCAUGAUGAAUGAUGACACACAUCAGUGAUAAAGACAGGCACCUGAUUACUUCCAAGAUUUGAAUCAUUUAAUAUAUUUAAAGCUUCCAUAUCUCAUCUGAGAGAUGCUAAACAAUCAUUUAAUUUAUUGUUACCUUCGUGUGAACACUUAUUUAUUGUCUGGGAGGGGGAGGUUUAAAUGUUGUGUUAUGGUUUUGAUGGACAAACUUUUACACCAUGACAAAUAAUUUUACAAGUUUAUCAGUAUUAUAGAAUUUUUGAAUGGAAUGAAUAAAUUAUUUUUAAUGGUUA